AUGAGCCCUCCAUUGAAGAUCAACAGGGACUCUUGUCACAUCAAGAAACCAUCAUUUGAGCAGCAACAACGCAAUCCAGUUAUAAUUUACACUCAUUCUCCCAAAAUAAUUCGUACCCAUCCACGUGAUUUUAUGGCAUUAGUCCAAAAACUCACUGGCUUUUCUCGUUCGGAAAAAGACCUCUCAUCUUCGCCUAAGUCCGAGCCAAAUAAUUACCAUGAUUACAAUGGUAACAAUGAUUUUAAAGGUGGGGUUUUUGCGAAUGUUGAAAAUAACAGCAUCAGUUACAAUAAUGCAGGGAAUAUCCAGUUGGUUAGUGAAAUUAAAGAUACAAAUAGUGAAAAUGAUAAUCAUAAUGAUUUUGGAGAUAUUACUGAUCAAGCUGAUUUUUUGUGCUCAGCUCAAUCACUCUUUAAUUACACGGAUUCCUUGUUCUUCAUGCCCAGUAUGAAGGAGUUUCCAGAUUAUUGA